GUCUGGUGAAUAAAAGUUUGCCUCUGCCGGCCACCUGGAGUUUUUGUGGCUGGUGGCGACACUACUACGAUUACUACUUCCGAAAUUUGUAUAACUACCAUUACGAUGACGUGCCUGUCCAAACAGAGAUGUCCGGUUACUACAUACGUUGGUGUAGUGGGUAUGACUACAUUCAUAUGCUUGCCGUAGUAGUCGAGCCCUUAAGAAUACGAAUCGUACCGAAACAACCCCAGACGGGGGAGAGCUUGGACGUCACCUGUGCCUUGAAGAUCGCAGUCGAUAGAAAAGAAGCCCACGGCAUCAACAACAUCGUCAUCUUCAUCAACGACAAACCUGUAGCCCAAAAAGCUGCCGAUGUUAAUGACACAACGAGGGUAAGUUUCUUCGAAGUUAAGGUGAGAACACGGUCGGGUCCUGGCACAGUUAAUGUAACUUGUCAGUAUGUAUCCACUGCUAAGGAUCCCUAUCUGCAUCAAGUUUAUUUUAUGUUGAAAGAAACACAACUACAACAUGUACUAGAGGUUAAUGAAAGCGCGCCAAAAACGUCAGCCACUUUGACCACUUCGGCCACACCAGCCGCCGAUUACGAAACUGUGAGAGGAAUCACGCCGCAAGGAAUGGGUAAAAAGAAGAAGAUAAUCAUUGGGAUCUGUAUCGUCGGUCUGAUUGUUCUAACUUUAGUGGUCAUUUUCUUAAUCAACAAAGACAGUGAAAAUAUGGAAGGAAAGCUUUACGAGGAACCCGUAACGGAAAAAGAAGCCAGACCAAAAUAUAGAAAAAAGCUGCUGGAUAAAGUAGCGAAAAUUCAACACCGCGUUGAGUGGCCCAAUAGGCCACCAACUCCUCAAGUCCACUCCACCCAUCAUAAAUCCAAGAAUAAAUUAGCGAGAAUACCCAACUACAGUACUGCUAGUAGUAGUAUGAAAACCGACCGGAAAAAGAAAAACAGAGAACUUUCAGCCCCCAAAGAAAUAAAAAUCGACGACAAUGAUAUGAUUAGUGAAGACGAUUAGUUAAAAAAAGUUUAAUAAAACAAAUUGUAAUUUUACUCUCUGAUCUAUGACAAACAUCAAAUUUUGAGGCGAAUGCCUUCUCGCCCGGUUUGUAUACAAGGAGUGUCCGUGUUGAUUCUCCAGAGGUUUAUAAAGCGAGAAUUACAAUUACAAAUACUUCUAACCUAUAAACAUUGUACUAUAUUACUAAUUUUAAAGUUCAACACACUCUAUUCAUGAAUAAUAUUAUAUCCAUGUGUAUAUAUAUCUAUAGUGUAUCUAUCUAUAUCAAUAAAGUUAUAAUUAUA